AUGUAUGAACCAUCACCUUCAUCCAAAACGCACGAAGACGACAAGUUCUGUCUCAUGCUAAGAAUUCACCAUCGGGGUACACUUGUUCACACUCCUGUUAAAUGGUAUAUGGAUGACUUUGUAACAGAAACAACUUGGGCAUGUGAUGUUGAUUAUAUGUCUUACAUAGAGCUGGUGAAAUUGAUUCAUCAGGAUGUACUAAAAAUUGCAAAAGAUGUUGAGGAAUUUGAGUUGGUUGAUGUCUAUGUUGAGCAUGGUGUUGAUAUCCCUAAUAUAGUAGAUGAGGCAGAGUUGGAACAUGAUGGACCAAUUUAUGAUAAUGAUGAUGUUGAGGUAGAUAAUGCAAUUGAGAGUGAUAAUCUUGCUGAGGGAGAUAAUCUGGCUGAGGGUGCUUGUUCUGGACUGAGCCGACACUUGCCCACCGUUGGGGAGGCCUAA